UCGCACCACUGUCCUCCAGCCUGGCCAACACAGCGAGGCUCUGUCUCAAAACAAACAAACAAAAAACAGAAACAAAACAGUGAGAGAGGCAGUGCAUUCCAUUCCAAGGCAUCUGUGAGCCCACAGAGCAGACACCAUGAGAAAAGCUCACCCUCCCCAGUUGAAAAAAUUUAUGAACAAGAAAUUGUCGUUGAAAUUAAAUGGUGGCAGACAUGUCCAAGAAAUAUUGUGGAGAUUUGAUCCCUUUAUGAAUCUUGUGAUAGAUGAAUGUGUGGAGAUGGCGACUAGUGGGCAACAGAACAAUAAUGGAACGGUGGUAAUAUGAGGAAAUAGUAUCAUGUUAGAAGCCUUGGAAUGAGUAAAAAUAAUGGCUGUUCAGCAGGGAAACCCAUGCCCUCUCUCCAUAGGGCCUGUUUUACUAUGAUGUAAAAAUUAGGUCACGUACAUUUUCACAUUAGACAUUUUGUUAAAUAAACUUUCAUAAUAGUCAACAACAACAACAACAAAACCCAAAAACAAGGGACUGGUUAAAUAAAUUGUGACAGAUCCUUAUAAAAUAUGGCUGUUCUAUAUCUACUGACAUGAGAAAAUUAAGUGUAAACACUAAGCCACAAAAUUGUGUAUUGUGUAAAUAAAAAAUAUUCAUCUUAAAGGUCUGAAAUGCUAUCUGCCAGUGUUAAUAGUGUUUUUUCAGAAUUGCAGUAAGAAGGCUCACGCCUGUAAUUCCAGCAAUUUGGGAGGCCGAGGCAGGUGGAUC